GCAAGUUGCAUCGCCGGCGAAAUAUGGACGAAUCAUCGGAAAAUAAAUCGAAUACAUCACCACCGUCGUCGUCGUCGCCGGUAGUUGAUUUUGGCGUACUGGAGAAAGUCAGACCAUUUGCCGGUGAUUCUGCCGUAGAAUGGGUUGAUUAUGCUGUUCAACAGGCAGUGAUGGCACAAAAAACCUUGGUGGAAACCCUAGAAUCCACAUUGUCUGUCACCAAAUCCCGCCUCGACCAAAUUAAAUCAACUUCUACCGCUCAUCUUCAUAUGACAAUGGAAUCCCUGCAAGAUCUCAAAUCUGAUUAUAAUGUUUAUGAGGAUAUUGUGUUUGGAAAGAUCAAAGGUUGUCAUGAAUGCUGGUUAACAGAGGGUGUUUACUUUGCUGCUUCACAUCCGUUUGCUACAAGUGGACUGGUUGUUGGCUCUGGGAUUCUGGCUGUAAAAAGGACAAGGCGGUCUUUAUACUACAACACCCUGCGUCUUUUUUCCAAUGAAGAGGCCAUGCUUGCUAAAGCUAAUGCUAAGGUUCAGAAAUUACGAGACUCAGUGAGAACCUUAACAGAAGAAAGCAAGAAGUUGGAGAAGUUCUCAUUAGAUGCAGAAGUAGAGCUAAAACGAGGAAGGACAAAACUCAGACAAACAGGAAAGCAAAUCCAGGGUGUCAUCGACUCUGCUUAUAAGAUUGAAAGACAAGCAGGGGGCUUGAAAGAUGUACUCAAAGAGCUUCCUAAUAGAGAUGCAUCAACAUUCCGCUCAGAAGUGUCCCAACUUGCAUCACAAGCUAAACGAGAAAGGCGGAUUCUGAGUAAAGAGGUUAAAAAGAUAUCUAAUUACGGUAUCUCUGUUUGAGCACACCAGCUUCGUAAGGUGAGAAUACUAAACCCGAAGAAAAGAUGGUAAAGAUUGUUUUCUGUUCUGCUUAAGAAGGGUCUUUUUAUUUGACUUUGCUGUUUGAUGUAUUUCAUAUUCAAAGUUCGAUCUGGAGCAUCAAAAUUAGAUGAUAUCGAACCCGAUUUUAAGAAAAAUGCAAUGUAUAACACUUCCUGCAUUUGGUAUAAGUAUCACUGUAAUGUGAUGAUAAUUGGAUUUUUGGCAUUCUGGAUUAGGAAUAAGAAAAAGUCAUCAAUUCAGACU